CCCUCAUUGAAGAUUUAAAAAAAAAUUUAAUCCAACUUUAGAUGGAAUGGAAUUGGGUAAAGCUCAGGAAUAGAGCUCUUCUUGAGUAUAGACAAGGAAUUAAAGACUUCCUUGAUUUUGCAUUUGAGCAUACAACAAUGGGGUAUAAAAUUUAUUGUCCGUGUAAGAAAUGCAAUAACUACUUUGCAAAGACCAGAGAUGAUGUUGAGGCUGAUUUGCUUACUAUUGGUAUUCUCCCAAGUUAUACUCAUUGGUUUAGACAUGGUGAGGAGAGACAUUUUCAAACAUGUGAUAGUUUGGAUAGUGAUGAUGAGUCAGACGGGGAUGGCUUGAGUGAGAUGGUAGAAGAUUAUUGUGCAGCCUUUAAUGCAGCCAGUUGUGUAGCUGGAGAUUCCAGUGGUGACAGUACUCCUGAAAAGCCUAAUGAUGAUGCAGCUAACUUUUUUCUGAAACUAGGAGAUAACGAGCAGAAACUUUUUCUAGAUUACAAGUAUACAAAACUGUCUUUCAUUGUGAAGUUACUUCAUAUUAAAUGCCUUAGUGGUUGAAAAAUCAUAAGAUAGUACAAGAUUAUACAUAAUAGUAAGCUAUGAGAUUUAACAUCUAGAAUGCACGGACGCGGCUGGGAGGGUGCCGCACUAGACUCUGACGCGGUGCGACGCGGGACGCGGCGUCCGACGCGGUUGAACGCGCGUCGAUGCCACGUCUGCUUUUUUUUUCUCAGAUUCGCGCCGACGCGGCUCGAUUCGCGCCGAACCGGGCUGAUUCGGCCAGAAUUGGGCCAUAUCGGUCCAUAUCGACCGGCGACCGAUAUGGCCGAUACGGCCGAAACAUGCCGGAAUCGGCCGAAACAGGCCGAAAUCGACCUUGAAAAUCGCCGGAGAGGCCGAAAUUCUGACCUCAGAUGCGUUUCUUGCCUUAUUGUUUCUUUGUUUUGUGAAUCAAGUAUA